AACUCAGAGAGACAGAGAAAAGCUUUGAGUUUUGUAGACGACAAGGUGCCCUCUGCAAUGUCUGCGCUGAGCAAAGAGCUUGUCUUCUUAAUUUUGCAGUUCUGCAAUGAGGAAGGCUUCAAACAAACUGCUCACAUGCUUGAAAGUGAAAGUGGGUUUUACUUUGACAUGAGAUAUUUUGAAGAGAUGAUGCAUAGUGGGAAUUGGCAUGAGGCAGAGAGGUAUAUUUCUGGUUUCACAAAACUUGAUGACGAUAGGUACUCAACCAAGACAUACUUCGAAAUCAGGAAGCAAAAGUUCUUUGAGACGCUGGAUAGAAAGGAACAUGCCAAGGCCUUAGACAUCCUCAUGACGGAUCUAAGAGUUUUUGAGCGCGGAAAUGAAGAUCUCUUCAAAGAAAUGGCGCAACUUCUGACGUUCAAUGAUAUAAGAGACCACGAGUCUCUCUCCUUGUAUGGAGAUACCAAAUCUGCCAGGGAAACUAUUACGCGAGAAGUCAAGAAAUUGAUCGAGGCAAAUCCCCUUUUUCAUGGCAAACUCAAGUUUCCUACCAUCAAAAGCCAGAGAUUACGCCGUCUCAUUAACCAAAGCUUGAAUUGGCAGCAUAUUCUAUGUGAAGACCCCAGUCCAAAUCCGGAUAUCGAAACCCUUUUUCUUGAUCAUGUCUGUCCAAAAAACAAGGUUUCAUUUGUUGAAUCAAUUGAAAGCAACCUAAAUCCUUCUCGAGCUGCAUCAUCAUCAGUUGUGACUCACUCCACCAGUAGGAGUCGUAGUGCAUCUACCAUAACACAAUGUGGAUUCCCUGUUGAAGCAACCUGUCAUGACAGUCCAACCGAGCUAGAUUCUGAUAUCUCAUCCAAAGAUUUUGGGGGCGUGGAUGAGGUAGUUUCUCCUAUUAGGGAUCCUGGUCAAAUUCACAAUCUGGUGCCAACCAUGCACAUCGAUGUGCCCACAAUGGUAGCUCUAACGUUAACUGAGGGCUCAUGUCCAACAAGCAUGGAUUUUCAUCCUGUUAAGCAGACGUUUCUUCUAGUUGGAACUUCUGUUGGGGAUGUAGGGUUGUGGGAUGUUGCUCAUGGCAAAAAGUUGCUUUCAAGAAAUUUUAGAGUUUGGGAUAUUGCAGCUUGCUCUAAUGCAUUUAAGGCAUCUCUGGUCAAAGAUCCAUGUGUCUCUGUUAAUCAAAUCAUGUGGAGUCCUGAUGGCUCUUUAUUUGGGGUUGCAUAUUCAAAACACAUUGUACAGCUAUAUUCUUACUCUGGUGGAGAUGACAUUCGACAGCAAUUGGAGAUUGAUGCCCAUCUGGGCAGUGUAAAUGAUUUGGCGUUUUCUUCUCCUUAUGAACAACUUUUUGUCAUAACAUGUGGUGAUGACAAGACAAUAAAGGUGUGGGACAUGGUUACCGGCAACAAGCAGUUCACAUUUGACGGUCAUGACACUCCUGUCUAUUCUAUAUGUUGUCAUACCAAGGAAAAUAUUGAUCUUCUGUUCUCAAUAUCAGUAGACGGAAAGAUUAAAGCAUGGUUGUAUGAUAAUAUAGGAGCCAGAAUUGACUAUGAUGCUCCUGGUCUUGGGCGCACAAGAAUGGCUUAUAGCGCCGACGGUCAAAGGCUUUUUUCAUGUGGGACCAAUAAAGAUGGGGAGUCAUUCCUAGUUGAAUGGAAUGACAGUGAAGGUUGGAUAAGGAGAAUGUACCAAGGGCUCGAUUCAUGCCACUCGUCUGUUGUGCAAUUUGUCACAAUCAAGAACCAGCUUUUGGCUGCUGGUGAUGACCAUGUGAUUAAAUUUUGGGAUAUGGACAAGAAGGAACUUUUGAUGACUAUGGACACAGGUGGAGAGUUACAGGUCGCUCCUCGUAUUAACCUCAACAAGGAGUGCACACUAUUGGCUGUUGUUGCAAACGAAAACAGAAUUAAGAUAUUGGCAACUGAUGAUGGACUCCAUUUGUUGCAAACAGCCGAGGAACAAUCUGUUGAUGCCUCUAGAGAGAUUUCUGAAACUCUGAGAAAGAUUGGGAAACCAAAAGACAUGGAGGAUGUGAAAUCCUUAAUUGGUGAAGCCAGUGCUAAAGAAGAGAUCAGAAAUCUCUCUGAGUUUGAAAAAUCUUCUCAAUGCCAAUCCUUAAAACUUUCUGCUCACGUAAAAGCAAAUGAGAUAUCAAGGCUGACCUACACUAAUUCAGGUAAUGCCAUUUUGGCAUUAGCAUCAAAUGCCAUUCAUCUACUUUGGAAAUGGCCACAAAAUGAAUUCAAUCCGAAUAGCAAGGCAACAACCAAGGUUCACCCUCAGUUAUGGCAACCAAAGAGUGGCUUACAGCUGAUGUGCAAUGACCUUACUGGAAGCAAACCUGAACAGGCUGUGCCCUGCUUUGCAUUGUCCAAGAAUGACUCGUAUCUCUUGUCAGCAUCAGGAGGGAUAAUUUCUUUGUUCAACAUGAUUACAUUUAAGACAAUGAUCACCAUGAUACCUCCGCCACCUGCUGCGACAUGUCUUGCUUUCCACCCUCAAGAUAACAACAUUGUUGCCAUUGGCAUGGACAAUUCGACCAUACUAAUCUAUAAUGUCCGCACAAACAAGGUCAAAGCCAAGCUUGAGGGCCAUGCGGAAAGAGUCACCGGCCUUGCCUUCUCAAACACUCUAAAUAUGCUUAUUUCUUCUGGUGCUGAUGAACAGAUCUUUGCAUGGAAUGCUGAUGGGUGGAAAAUGGAGAAAAGCAGAUUCUUGCAAGUUCCACUCGGAAAAGAGUUGGAAGCAGAGUCAGACACUCAAAUCCAGAUUCACCAAGAUCAGUUGCAUUUCCUAGCCAUCCACAAGACCCACCUUGCAAUAUAUGAAGUUCAAGACCUUGAAUGUGUAGAGCAGUGGAAUAUUUCAAAAGCUUCUUCACCAAUUUCACACGCGGCAUUCUCCUGCGAUGGCCAGAUGGUAUAUGCCGGCUUUCUGGAUGGAAGCAUCACCAUAUUUGAUGCUUUAGUUCUCAAACAACAAUGUCGAAUUCAUCCCUCUGCUUAUCUUCCUGCCAAUAUAAGUUCAACUGUAUGCCCGGUUGUCAUCGCAGCACAUCCACAAAAACCAACACAAUUUGCUGUAGGACUAGCGAAUGGAGAAAUCUACGUCCUUGAGCCUCCGGACCCUGAAGGUAAGUGGGGAUUUGGCCCGUUGGUUGAGAACCAGCCAGAGAACCAUCAACUCUGAAACAAAUAAGUUUUAUGGACCUUGGUGUAACUAGGAAUUUAUAGUGCCAAGUGGCUCAUGCUGUGGGAGCAUAUGCCUUGGAAAAACAAGAAAUUGUUGAAUAACAUUGCGCCGAUGAGUUGAAAGGCGCUCAUACCUACAUUUUGUGGAGAAGAGAAAAAUGAUUUGACAUUGUUAUGAAUAAACGUUGCAAUGUUCC